AUGGUGCGUCAGCUGCACGAUGAUAUGAUAGCGCGAGUCACGGACAACGGAGCUGUCUCAGAGGCAUUCGCAGUGACCAACGGAGUGAAGCAGGGCUGUGUGCUGACACCUACCCUCUUCAGUCUUAUGUUCUCUGCCAUGCUGAUGGACGCCUACCGCGACGAACGCCCUGGAAUCCGCAUCGCCUACAGAACGGACGGUCAUCUCCUGAAUCACCGGCGCAUGAACUUCCAAUCGCGUGUAUCCACAGCCACCGUGCACGAACUUCUCUUCGCCGACGACUGCCCCUGA